UCUGGGAGAGUGAUGUCACUGGAUAGUAGAUAGCUGCAUUGCUUGAAUUUGGGUCACUUUAGAUUAGUAAUAGUCAAUCCAAAAAUAUAGAUUUCUUGACCUACAAUGAGCUUGUUUGGGGCAAGUUCUGCUUUUGGAGCUGGGGGUACCAGCGUAUUUGGCAGCGCAACAACUGAUAGCCACAACCCCAUGAAGGAUGUUGAGGUGACCUCCCCUCCUGAUGACAGCAUCAGCUGCUUGGCCUUCAGCCCCCCUGCUAUGCCAGGAAACUUCCUGAUUGGAGGCUCUUGGGCCAAUGAUGUGCGGUGCUGGGAAGUUCAGGACAAUGGGCAGACGGUCCCCAAGGCUCAGCAGAUGCACACAGGCCCUGUGCUGGAUGUUUGCUGGAGUGAUGAUGGGAGCAAGGUCUUCACUGCCUCCUGUGACAAAACUGCCAAAAUGUGGGACCUAAAUAGCAACCAGGCAAUGCAGAUAGCACAGCAUGAGGCACCCAUCAGAACAGUGCACUGGAUAAAGGCACCUUCCUACAGUUGUGUGAUGACAGGCAGCUGGGACAAAACUCUUAAGUUCUGGGACACACGCUCCCCGAGCCCCAUGAUGUCCCUACAGCUGCCGGAGAGGUGCUAUUGCGCUGAUGUGGUCUACCCCAUGGCGGUGGUGGCCUCAGCAGAGCGUGGGCUAAUUGUGUAUCAGCUGGAAAAUCAGCCCUCUGAGUUCCGCAGGAUAGACUCCCCGCUCAAACACCAGCAUCGUUGUGUGGCCAUCUUCAAGGACAAGCAGAACAAGCCUACUGGCUUUGCCCUGGGGAGCAUCGAAGGACGGGUUGCUAUUCACUACAUCAACCCCCCAAACCCAGCCAAGGAUAACUUCACCUUCAAGUGCCAUCGGUCCAAUGGAACUAAUACUUCUACCCCACAGGAUAUCUACGCUGUCAAUGCCAUUUCAUUUCACCCGGUCCACGGCACCCUGGCUACCGUGGGCUCCGACGGGCGCUUCAGCUUUUGGGACAAAGACGCUCGGACCAAGCUGAAGACUUCGGAGCAGCUGGACCAGCCAAUCACCGCCUGCUGCUUCAACAACAACGGCAACAUCUUCGCCUACGCUUCUAGCUAUGACUGGUCAAAGGGACACGAGUACUACAACCCCCAGAAAAAGAACUACAUCUUCCUGCGCAACGCAGCGGAGGAGCUGAAACCGCGGAACAAGAAAUGAUUCUUCCAGCUGUGUCACAUCUGUUCUGGGAAACCUGGGUUCGACAAGUGCGCGGAAGACCUGCCUUAUUAUGUAUAUACUGCAGACCUUCUUUUGACUCUGCCAGGACCAAUGGCGAGGCAUUGCUUGUAAAAUGGACCAAUUGGUAAAGGUCUUCAGCCCACUUUGGUGCCAUUGGUGUGGCCUUCAGUCAUAUGAGGACCAGGAGUGUGGGGAUUAUUGUUCAUUUUUUUAAUGUCUGACGUAUUUUUUGCAUCCUGAAUAAAUGACUUUCAUUUUGUUUCGCUGUUACUAUGUGCUGUAGUCCAGUAUAUAUUGCAUUGUGGAAUAAAUAAAAGCAACUAUCCUA